AUGAUGAUAUCUGAUGAUAUCAUACCAUAUUUAAUUAAAAGUAAAUUUGUGUUAAAAGGGCUUGCUAAUGAUUAUGGAAGCAUUUACAUCGUGCCAAAAUAUUAUGGAAUCCGGUUGACAUUACAAUGUGGUACCGGUUGUUCCGCUAGAAAGUAUUGGUCAUUAAUAUGUAGUACCGAUCACCCGAAUCGAUUUCAAGUUUACAAAGAUUUUUCUGGAGCUGAACAAGUUUAUUAA